UUAGUAGUAGUUUUAACUUGGAAGUCAAUUUUUGAAAAUAUAAUUAUUUGAUGUAAAGUAAAUUUUUUUAACAGUACUACCAUGCAGAAAAAAAAUGACAAUAAUAACAUAGCCCAUCUCAUAAAAGACGAAGGAAAUAAAAUAAUCAUUCGAGGACUGGUACAAACAAAGGAUGCAUAUAAGGUGUACCACCUAGCCAAACAACUUCACAAAUACAUACCCAAAAAAUUCACAGAACCUGAUUUUAAAUUGUAUCCACUACCAGAAUGGCUUCAGAUGCGUGAAGAGCUAAGAAAACUAGUACGAUAUAGAAAUGUUCAUGAUGACUAUGCGGUAUUUUUAAACGAGAGAUGGAUUGGCGAAGGGUAUGAAUUAUUGGUAGCUAUCCAUCCUCACUGCAUAUUCUAUCCAGAUGUACAUAAAUUUGAUGGCAUUGACCAGCAAGACCAAAUGCUGCUAUACGGAGUCGAUCCCAAGAAAUCAUGCAUUUACUUUGACUUAGCUGUUGAUCAUGUGAAAGUUGGACGUGUCAUUUAUGAGAUAUACACAGACAUCAUGCCUAAAGUAACAGAAAGGUUCAUGCAGUUGUGUCAAAAUAAACCAACUGAUCUUCGCGAAAAGCAAAAAGUAAAAUACACCGUAUCUGAAGAGUCUAAAGUAGAUGAAAAAUAUGUCGAAGAAAUAUUCAACGCCGAUGAUCGUAUAGUGUUUAGGAAGGAGACUGAAGAAUACUUAACUUAUGUAGACACAGAAAUAACAAGGCUUUUAUCGCCAAGUUUUUUCCAGUCAGGAAAAAUAAAGGGGCUCGAUGAAUGGUAUACUGAAAAUUUGGAACUAGAAGCUUCCCAUGAAGAGUUUGGAAAUAUUUCUUUGAUGUCUAAGAAAACCAAAAAAAAAAAUCAUCGAAUCCUCAGUACAAGCCAAUUCAUUAUUUCACUUAAGCCAAACCAAUGGAUGAAUAAAUAUUUUAGAUGCAUUGGGCGAAUUAUUCAUGGUCACUAUGUUUUAAAUGUAAUCAAGGAUAUUCCAACAACCAAAGAAGCUCCUGACAAACUUAUUACAAUAAUUGAUUGUGGUGUAUUAUAUACUCCUGAGAAAGCAGAAGUAGAAUCAGAUGUUGAAGAAGAACAACAAGAGCCAAUUGACGAGGAUGACAAAAUGUUAAAAGAGUAUGAAGAUUUAGUUAACCUUUAUUAUGCCGAAUUGUGUGAAAUUCAAGGUUUGAUGAAUGACAAAGUAGUACAAAAAGAAAUUUUGUAUUGCUACAACAUGCAGGAAUGUGAUGAGUACAGUGUUGGUAAUGAAUCUGAUACAGACUCUGAAUUGAUGCUUUAUGAUCAAAUGGAAGCACUCGAUCAAGACAAUCCGUUAAAAGUGAGAUAUAGUUUAAACGUGCAUAAAACAAUUUUGGUAGUGGAAGAAUUGGGACACAAAUUGUAUGAGUAUAUGCGACCUACUUUAUUAGAAAGAUUACUUCCGGAAGAAAUCCAUCUGAAAGAAACACCUACAUAUGAAGGACAUGACUUUAUGCUUGAAUGUGAAUUGGCAUCUGAGAGUUCAGAAGAAUGGCUUGAAUUUUCUGACGGGGAAAUUACAGAAGAAGAAAAAGCGAUGGAUACCGUUACUGAAAUCGAGAUUGAAACUUUAGAAUUCGAUGAACAGCCUGGAGAAUGGAUAGCUGAAGAAUUCGGUAGCAUUGAGCAUGUCAGCCUUGAAAGCAACAUUAGUGUUUCUUCCUCGACUGGAUCAGAACAAUUACAAACUACCUUACAACAAUCAGAUAGCAGUGAAUCAUCAUUAUCUGCAAGUGCUGGAUCUGUAUCAAUUAAAGAUGAGAAAUUAGAAAGUACUGAAUUAAGUGAACAUGAAGAGGCUUUGGAAUUUACUCAAGACGAGUCCUAUCACUCUGAUAAGAAAGAACCUGAAAGGAUAGUUAUCGAUGAAGAAGAUGAAUUGCCUGACUAUGUAACACCGAUUUACCUGUUAGAACAAAAACAGGACAAAAAUAAAAUACCUAGACAAAUAUUGGAAUAUAUAUUUAAAUGUGUGUACAAACAUCGCAAACACGUUACAUUGGAUGAAGAAACUAUAAGUAUAAUGCAGACAGCAUCCUUUAAAUCUAAACUAGCAACGCUUCCAUCGGAAAUUCUUUUCAACAUAGCAAGGAAGAUGGAUGGCAUCGAAAUGGAGUUAGCAGAAAUGGAACGUACAGUUAAAACUGAAGAGGAAAGGAAAAAAUACAAUGAUGUCAUUUCAAAUGCAGUCGUGGAAUUUACAACUAACAUGAUAGAAUUUUUGUUACAUGAAGUUAUUGACAAUGCGGUCAUUAAUCCGGAUAAAACCGACGAAGAAGAGGUAGAAGAAAUAUUGCCAGAAUCACCAAUUUAUGAGGAAGAAGCAACAUCAUUAGAUUCUGCGAGUGUUAAUGAUGAGGACACAUUUAAUGCAUUCAAUGAUGAUUUACUUUUCCAAAUAUAGACAAUUUGCCAUAAAUAUUCAACCCAAGCCUUCAAAAAAAGGUUAGCUCAAUUUGAAAAAGUACAAUAAAGUGCAAUGAAAGACUGAAAUUUUGUGAUUUUUCCUAAGUAAAACCAUUUUAUGGCUUAUUGUAAACAAAGAUGAGGCAAUAUUAAAGCAGAACGACUUGAUAUUAAA